CUGAAAUCCCAGGCUCCAGGGAGCACAGAGGAGCUUCGGUGUCUGCAGGUGCUCAAUCAGCAGCCUGAGGGCUCCAGCCUAGAGGAGCUGAGCGGCAGCCAGGCUUGCCUCAAGCUGGCCAGCACCAUCAAAGCCUACGUGGCCACGGUGGCAGAGAACGUCAUCCGCAGGAGUGCGGUGAAGGAGGCCCGGCGGAGCUACCUCAACACCUCGGAAGGGCAGGUUCUUCCCAAAAUAGCUGGGAAGCCCUCAGCACAUCUAACCAUCCGCCCGCAGAGCCUGGCCCAGGAUGGAAACUUCGGGCGCUUCGGGAACCUCUCCCAGUCCUGCCGCCAUGCCAUCACCCACUGGGAACACAGCACCAUCCACUCCCACCUGCAGAACAUGACGUACCGGGACGGACGGCUGCGGGUGCAGCAGCCGGGCAAGUACUACGUCUACUCUCAGAUCUAUUUCCGCUACCGCAGCGCCAGCACUCGGGACUCCGGUGCCCGGGACUCGGGCCUGCGCAUCCAGUGGCAGCCAGCCCACAGCCAGCCCAUCCUGCUGCUCAAGGGGGUGGGCACCAAAUGCUGGGCACCCGAGGCAGACUACGGGCUCCAUGCACUCUACCAGGGGGGACUUUUCGAGCUCAAGGCUGGUGACGAGCUCUUCGUCUCCGUCUCCUCCUUGGCCAUCGACUACAAUGACGCAGCAGCCAGCUACUUUGGGGCCUUCAGGCUCGACCUGUGA